AUGGAAACUUUAGAAUGUACUAGAUGUUCAGGUGUAAAGCCUAUUAGCGAAUUCGUAAUGGCUGGUGCAAAAGACACCACUAAACCAUCUAACACAUGUAGUGAUUGUCAUAACCAAGAAGCUAAAUAUUACCAAAAAACUAAAAAAAGACAAUUAGAGACAUUAACACUUCUCGAAGAACAAAAGGCGGCCGAAAAUGUUCAAUGGGCAAGAAACAUAAAAAGAAAUUUUGAUCCUAUUAAUAAAAUAAUCGAAGAG